AUGGAGCCCAUGCAGCACAAUCAUUUUACUAUAAAACUGGAAGGUGCCAAAAAUUGGAACAUAUGGAAAUUCCAAACGUCCGUAUUACUGCGUGGUCAAGGCGUCUACAAUAUAGUGGAUGGAACUUCGGUUAAACCUGAGGAUGAAGCACAACGAAAUCGUUGGAUGGCUCAGGAUGCGAAAGCUCAAACGUUGUUGGUCACAAGAAUGUCGGAAGAAGUCAUGUUACAUAUCAUUUCGUGUGAGACCUCAGCUAGUAUGUGGCAGAAACUACUGAGUGUCUAUGAACAGAAGUCUGAAACCAGCAUCCACAUACUACAACAACGUUUCUUUCAGUUCAAAUACGAUGAAAAUUCAGAUAUGUCCGUAUUUUUAUCGAAGAUACAGGAGAUGCAAAACCACUUGAAACAGCUCGGCGAAGCAAUAUCCGAUAAGUUUGUUAUAACGAAGAUUUUGAUGUCGUUACCGGAAGAUUAUAAGCAUUUUGUCUCGGCAUGGGAAUCCGCUCCAGAUGAUAAGCAAACCUACGAUAAUCUAGUCGCUAGGUUGUUAAUAGAAGAAGAGAGAAUUAAAGAAAAAGGCGGAAGCUCGCAAUCAUCGGCAGCGUUUGUGGCUAAAAGAAACAACAGAAAAACUGCAAAGUGUUUUAAAUGUAAUAAACUAGGACAUUAUACAAAGGCUAUAAAUACAGCUGCAUAUGUAAUUAAUAGAACUGGAAAAAGCUCAGUUGAUGGAAAAACUCCAUAUGAAUUAUGGUCAAACAAAACAUUUGAUAUCAACAACCUUAAAGUGUUUGGCACUCCCGUAUAUGUCCAUAUACCAAAAGAAAAGAGGCGUAAGUGGGACCCUAAAGGUGAAAAAGGUAUUUUAGUUGGUUAUGGAGAGACAACUAAAGGAUACAGGGUAUUUUUCCCACACAUGAAUACUGUAGAAACAAAAAGGGAUAUUAUUUUUGUGAAAGAAAAUAAAGAACAAAAAACAGAGGCUACAAUGGUGCCAUGUGUAUACAACCAAAUAGAGGAGUCCAACCCGAAUGAUGCUGAGAAGGAGGAUGCUGAAGUUCAAGAGCAAGUUGUUGAAGAAGAUGAUAACACAGUGAAUACCUUACAAAGUGAUUCUGAGGGCAGCUUAUAUGAACCAACUGAUAGUAGUGAAGGUGAACAUUCUGAUAAUCCACCCAUAAACCAUGAAAACAAGCGUGUCAGAAAGCAGACUCAAUUCUUUAACUGUAAUAAUGUUUUGGUAGAAGACUGUGAGCCUAAAUCCUAUGAGGAGGCUAUGAGGAGUCCAGAGGCAUCUGAGUGGAAGAAAGCAAUCCAGAGGGAACUACAGACAUUAAAAGAAAAUAAUACAUGGACAGCUAGCUACUGGAGUUUCACAGCGGAAAUGCUCAAAGCCGACAUUACCAUUACCACCGCAGCAAACGCACUGACUCCCCUUUUGCAGAACAUCUGGUCAGCAGAAGAGUUACCUGAUGACUGGAACAAAGGCCUUCUCAUCACCGUACCCAAGAAAGGAGACCUCAGUGAAUGUGGCAAUUGGAGAGGCAUCACUUUGCUCUCGACUCCUUCCAAGGUGCUCUGCCAGAUCAUCCUGGACAGGCUGUCGGGGGCCGUCGAGCCUCUUCUGCGUAAAGAGCAGGCUGGCUUCCGUCCCAACCGAUCGUGCACGGACCAGAUCAACACCUUGCGCAUAAUCCUCGAACAGGCAUCAGAAUGGCAGAGGGACAUGUACUUGACCUUUGUGGACUUCGAAAAAGCCUUCGACACGCUGCGAUGGAAUUGCAUCUGGGACCGGCUUCGUGAAAUUGGAGUCCCCGAGAAGAUCACGAGCAUAAUUAAGGCCAUCUACGGGAAAUAUUCUUGUAGGGUAACUCACGACGGCCUCGUCUCGGAGGACAUACCGGUUCAUGCGGGUGUACGCCAGGGGUGUCUCCUUUCGCCUCUCCUCUUCCUUGUUGUCCUUGAUGGCAUCAUGCACCAUACCACCAAGAACAAGCGCCGCGGCAUAGAGUGGGGACUAUCCAACGUCUUAGAAGAUUUGGACUAUGCCGACGACCUAUGUCUAUUGAGCCACACGCGAACCGACAUGCAAGCCAAACUGGACGACCUGCAACGAGAGGCCAUGGAGACGGGAUUAAAAAUUAACACCCGGAAGACCCAGGAAAUGAGGUGCGGAGUGACGUGCUCAUUACCGUUGCUUAUCGGCACAGAGGGAGUGGAGAGGGUCCACAAGUUCACCUACCUCGGGAGUGUUGUGUCGGAAACAGGAGGGACCGAGGAGGACAUCACGUCGAGGAUCGCCAAAGGGAGAGCAACCUUCGCACAGCUCCGUCCUGUGUGGCAAUCACGGAAGUUGACCAGGAGAGUUAAGCUCAAAAUAUUCCGGUCCAAUGUCAAAACCGUAUUGCUGUACGGAUGCGAAACAUGGAAGGCCACAAAAGACAUCUCGCGUAAGCUCCAGGUCUUCGUCAAUCGCUGCCUUCGUCGUAUUCUCGGUAUAUACUGGCCCGAGAAAAUCUCCAACAUAGAACUGUGGGAACGCUGCGGGGAGACACCGAUCGACCAGCAGAUCAAACGCCGCAAGUGGAACUGGAUCGGCCACACGCUCCGAAGGGACCCCGAUCACAUCCCGAGGCAAGCCCUAGACUGGAAUCCCCAAGGGAAGCGGAAACGUGGCCGCCCUAAACAAUCCUGGCGGCGGACGAUCAUUGCAGAGGCGGCGGCUACAGGCAGAACGUGGAGCGAAAUAAAGCGCGAAGCUCAAGACCGAACGCGAUGGCGGAGCACUGUGGAUGCCCUCUGCCCCAUCUAGGGGACAUAGGACUCUAAGUCAA